AUGGCAACUGCUUCGGUAUCUACUCCUAAAAAGAGCCACCAUGGCCUCUUUUCUUCAAAGACAGCUGGAGGCCGCAUGCCUCUCACGCCUUCACCAAACACUCGAGUCGCUACUCGGGCCUCGGAAGAUCUAUCACCGUUUACCCCUCAGAAGUCCGACGUAGGCGGCCAACAGUCGAAGUCGGUCUAUGGCGGAAACCUUUCUUCACUAUUCGCCAAGUCCGCUACCUCAAAAUCAACCUCAUCUUCAAAGGUCUCUGUUCCCAAGCCAUCUGUCGCAAAGUCUACAGUUGCCAAGUCGUCCCGCUCCCAUCGCGAUUCCCCCAAGUCGAACAUUGCUCGCAUUCGCAAAUCACCCAAGCACCUUGAGUUGGGUGUUUCUGACUGGUCAUUGACUGGUACUGGACCGGAAUCAUCUGCAACGCCUUCUAAAGAGCGAGCUCGAAGGGAGACAGCCCGCCGAACCAGACCGACGAAGACCACUGUUCGAAUCACCCACAAUGCCGGUGACCGCUUCAUUCCCAAUCGCACCGCAAGUGAGGGACUUGUCACCACUGGGGCUGCGAAACCUGAGGAGAAUGCACGUCCGAAGACUAGUGGCAGCGAGGGCUCGAAUGUGCUUGCUUCUGCUGCUAGCGCUUUUGACAUCAGUGGGCGCGGAGCGGAAGAUGAUCUGACUGCUGCUUUGGACAACCUGGGGCUUGAAGACAAUGAACCUUCCAACUACACUCGCCCCGCUCCUGAUGCAGUUGCGUAUGAGUCGUCAUUAGCAAAUGCGUGUGACAUCAGUCUGAACACCCGCAUCCUCGCUUUCAAGCCUCCCCCUCCAGAGUCCUCGAAGCCUAUUGAUCUUCGAGCCCAAUAUAACCGUCCUCUUCGAUCUGCUAAAUCCCAAAACGCUCAAUUCCGUCGCCGUGUUCAGACUGCCCCUGAACGUGUUCUUGACGCUCCGGGCCUGCUGGAUGACUAUUAUCUUAAUCUAUUGGAUUGGAGCUCUGGUAAUCAGGUUGCCAUUGGUCUUGAGCGCAACGUCUACGUCUGGUCUGCCGAAUCUGGAACUGUUAGCUGCCUUUUAGAGACUUCACCGGACACUUAUAUCAGCAGUGUCAAGUGGAGUGGUGAUGGAGCCUAUGUUGGCGUUGGACUUGGAACUGGCGAGGUGCAAAUUUGGGACGUCGAGGAGGGCAGCAAGCUUCGCAGCAUGUACGGUCACGAUUCGCGAGUUGGUGUCAUGGGCUGGUCUAAACACACUCUUUCCACUGGUGCUCGUAGUGGCCUUGUGUUCAACCAUGACGUUCGCAUUGCCGAGCACAAAGUCGCUGAGCUUGUGUCCCACACCUCCGAAGUUUGCGGCCUUGAGUGGCGUUCUGAUGGUGCCCAGCUGGCGACCGGUGGCAACGACAACCUGGUCAACAUUUGGGAUGCUCGCUCCCUGAGUGCUCCCAAAUUCACCAAGACCAAUCACCGUGCCGCCGUGAAGGCCCUCAGCUGGUGCCCUUGGCAAUUGAACUUGCUUGCUACCGGCGGUGGCUCCUACGAUCGUCACAUUCACUUCUGGAAUACCACAACUGGUGCUCGUACCAACAGCAUCGACACCGGCUCCCAGGUCACCAGCUUGCGUUGGAGCAACCACUAUCGCGAGAUCGUCAGUUCCAGCGGGUUCCCGGACAACUCCCUUAGCAUCUGGAGCUAUCCCACCCUUGUCCGCAACGUUGAAAUCCCAGCCCAUGAAACUCGAGUCCUUCACAGCAGUCUCAGCCCCGACGGACAAAUUUUGGCUACCGCGGCCGCCGACGAGAGUCUGAAAUUCUGGAAGGUGUUCGAGCGCAAGCCCGGCAGCGGUGCUUCGGCCUCCCGCGAGGGUGGCGUUGGGAGCAAGGCCCAGUUGACCAAGUCAAUGACCAUCCGGUAA